UCGUAAUUGCACGCAUUGCAACACCUAUAACACACACACACACACACACACACACACACACACACACACACGACUUCCACAAUGAACAGAUUCUUCACAAAGUCCAGAAAGGACGCCACAGAAGACCUGGGCAACUCUUCCGCCUCGUUUGGAACGAAGAAACCAAAAAAGGGUAAGAAAGGUCAGGUCGAGCAAAAACCAGAGCUUGAUCUGGCUGCUGCCCUACCGAGCUCCGAUGACUUUCGUACCAGCUUGAUCAUGCCAAACCUGUCGGCGCGCUUCAGCAUGCUAAGAGAGCAAGACGAUCCAAAGUCGAAGCUGGGCAAGGCUAGCGACGACAGUGUUCUAUCCUCCAACAGACAGUCACGCCUUUACGACUUUGGCUUCAAAUCAUCAACCCUCGCCGACAUUGAUGAGAUGUCCAUCAAUGGCUCUAUCAAACCUCCAUUCUUGAUGGAGAGACAGACCUCAAUGGAGACUCUUCGCACUACCUCUGAUGAUAUGGAUGGUGGCAGUGUCAUGAGUCGAGCACGCCCGGGCGAAGGCAAUAUCCUGUUUGGUGGUCGUCAAAAAGUGUACAAGAUUUCUGGCACCGGCAAUAACCGAGGAAGAGCUUUGUAUGAAGAUGAUGUCAGCAUGUCGUCCUUUCAGAGGCUGCGGAAAGAAGAAAAGGAGAGGCGGGAGCAAGAGCUACGCGAUCAGGUCAAUACUGCCUCUCUCAGGGACGACACUCUGGCAGCCUUGUCCGGCUACGACAAGCGGCGUGAAACAUCCUCAUCUACGAAUUCAGGACCAUCAAACUCCCGAUCCUCAACAGCAGCAACCUCAAUCGCAUCACAGGGUGCAACUGCAGUCUCACCCACCAGUCAGUCACAAGCGCCGCUCGAGCGUUCAGUCACCAAGACCAGAAGACUCUACGAACAGGGCUUGGAUCAGCACAUGCACGAACAGCAGACCUCCCAGCUCAACAGACUCAACACAGUUCAGAGACAACAACACGGCGGUACCGCAAGCGGGAAAUCCUCUCCAACUGCCCUGUCGCAGGCUCGGAGCGCUAGCAACUUGAGCGACCGAUAUCAGCGCUCCAACCCUGCCUCGAGAACGGUCAGCCCACCUCCGGUGACGUAUAACAACCACGCCAUUGCACCGAGAGAUAACUUUUCGAAUGCCUCCAGUCCUGUCUUGGGCCACUCAAGCACACCACCAAUCAGUCCCGUUCAAGCUGACCAAGAUGAACUGACGAGUGCGCUCAAUCCCAAUGACCGAGGAAAGGCCACGGCUCUCGGAGCGUUCAACAAGCCGAAAGCUUUUAGUGAGGAACAAUAUCUGCAACGCCAAAUGCACCUUCACCAAGGCGGCCGAGACACCCCUCCACCCCGACGAGGUGACGAUGGUGAUGACGGUGAGGGUGAUUCGUCACGAAGAGAGAGUGAUCAAGCCCAGACUGCCCCCAAGGCCGCCGCCGCCCCUACCGCCUUCAGUGUCUUCCAAAAUGCCGCCAACCAGAUGCGGGUGAAUGGCGCUCAAAGUUCGCAGCCUCAGACCUUGGCUUCUGGUCAACAACGAUCGUUCUCUGCCUCUGCAGAUGGAGCAGAUGUCGACUCUGAUGCCUCGAGAAGCCCGCUCGCGCCCAAAUUAGUCGCCCCUCCUAUCCAUGAGCAUCCUGCUUUGCGGUCUCAGCAGCAGCAGUCUGACCAUGUCCCGGCACGGAAACGAAUCGAGGAUACACGCCCAAUCCCACAGUCUGCAGCUCCUGCUCUCGACCUAGAUGGCGCCAAAGGCAUCGAUCUCGACUCGCCCACACUCGGCCCAAACGGUGGAUGCUUGAGUGGUCUUGUUCGUCAGCACCUGCGCAACGUCAGCAACGUCUCAUCCAAUUACUCGGACCACAAUUCAGACACAACCGGCCCGCAAGACAACUUCUACCAGCAGAGCUACUCGAGUCAGAAUCUGGCGCCUUCCGUCUCUGACACGGCUGCCCAUUCGGCUCACAGCCACUCUAACCCCUGGGACCUCGAAGACUUUGACCGGAGCGAUUACAUGGAGAAUGACAGCAUGAGUUCUGUCAGCCCUGUCGACCAGCAGGCACCACAGUCGACUUCUACUACUACUACCGGUCGUAAACUCACGCUCGACGAGAUGGAAGCUCGCGCGUUUGAGAUCCAACAGGAGGCCGAGGCCAGAAGAGCAGCCUGGGAGCUUGAGAUGAUGACUAAACACAAACGACAACCUAGUGUUGAGGAGCGCGAUGCAUUCCAGCAAGAGCUCGCCCAACGCCAGAAGGCCAUUGCGGAAAGGAUGCGCCAAGUGGAAGAGGACAGUCACUCAGUCUCCAAUGCACGGAAGGCGUUUGGCAUGCUCAGGUCAAAGUCGAGCAAGGACUCAAUGGCCUCAAGCCUCCGCCAUGAGCCCAGCAGGAUGAAGAUGCCUGGAUACAGUGGCUCUUCCACAAGUGUGAACAAGAUCGGUCGAGACCAAUGGCGAUCCGAGGAUGAGCGGCACGCCUCGCUGAGGUCUCGAGGCUCCUCCCAUUCCAGGCCCAGAUAUGGAGGAAACACGUAUGACAACCAGUAUCAUUUUGAUGCUGGGCGCGAAAGUAGUCGUGACACAACGCCUGACGCCACCUUUGCAGUCCCGUCAUCGAAUCGAAGCCGCAGCAACAGCAAGUCAACGGCGACAAGUCAAUAUUCCGAGCACUCGCUGCAUCCAUCUCAUCUCAAUACCUCGCACCAAGUGCCAUCUAUGCCUAGCCCAGCGAUUGGUCUUUCCGGAGCCUUUCCACCCUCACCUCGUCCAUCUCCAGGCCCGACAAAUGGCCCAAUGUCUCUCCAACGCCCUAUCCAAACAGGCUAUGCUGUCAGUGCUACGCCUCCACUGUCGGCGGUCAACACACCCACAGGCACAGCUUUUGGCCCUAACCGCCAGCAGCCCCGUCGACGUACUGUCAACAAGCAGGACAUUUCCGAGCCUACCCUACUGUCCUCUACGUCUGUGCAAGAGACCGUCGCUCUUCCACCCGGCGCCUCUCUCAAGAACGGCCAGGACUUUGUACCGCCUUUGCCACCAAUGAAUCCACGCAGACGAUUCGGCUUUGGUCGAUCCAGCCCAAACAGCCCUGCCCAGACACCCACUUCGAGCAGCCCCACUGCGGAGAUUGACGGCCCUUUUCUUCAGGCGCGAACCUAUUCUGGUGACGAUGCCGAGAAACUUCGCAGGCAGCGACAGAAGCUCCGGAAGACAUCUAGCGAGGGUCAUGGACUUCGCGAGAUUUCUCAAUAUCAAGCUCGUGCUCCCCCAAGCCAGUCACCUCCACGAACACGCCGGUACUAGAUCGCAGAACCACUUCUUUGUGCUAUAAUUAUUCUUCUUGCUGUCAAUAUCUUUCAUCACGAUACGGCCGCAAACUUGGAUGAACCCUUCGGCGCAAGGCAGUUUUAUCCGCCUUAUGCGCUGGUUAAGGGAAUCAAUCAAAAGCUCCCGGCGUUCGCGGCACGAUUUUUCUUGAUCUUUCACUUGUACCCAUUCCCCACCCAACCCAUAUGGCAAACGGCGACUUUUGUCAGGCGCAGCAUAAUCAUCAUUUCACAACGACUCUUCUGGCACAGGCUCUUGCGCGCCCAUUUCCUUGAUUUCACCGAGCUGCGCAACACCAAUAGUGGGCAGACGUACACGUAACCAUUUUCAUUUUCUUUCCUGUCUGAGCUAAUUUAGCCCUUGCGAGCAUGGGGCGUUCUAUCUUGUACUCAAUUUUCCAUCUGGGCAUCGAUGGCUACAUGCAUGGCAUGGGGUGUGAUGGGGGGGAAAUACCAA